UUCGUAUAGAAAAUUUCCGAAAUGUUAUUUCCAGUUCAUAUCUCAACGGUGAUGAUAAAUAAAUAGACCAAACCUUUUUUAUGUCAUGAAUGAAUAUUGAAAAUUUGUAAGACUCGGGCUGCCAGGCUUCAUCAAGGAAACUCAUUGGGGGUUACAAACUGAGAUUCCUUCAACUACUAUGUUGCUAAGCCCUAGAACUUGACAUUUUCUCUUGUCUCCUGUCCACCAGUCAAGCAUAUAUCGUUGGUCUCUUCCUUGGUUAAUGAGCUAUACAUAGGUUUGUUACUACUAAUAAGAUACUAUUCCAUAUGUCCUGUUAGUUAGGACUGUACUACUAUACAUGGCUUAUUAAUCAAUAUACUACAUUGUUAUUACUAUCAUCAUCACCAUCAUCUUUGUAAGUAGACGAAGCUGCACUACAAACCUAACAGUUUGUGUAUCUCUCUAAACUCGGCUGUGCACUCUAGCUGCAGCUGUAAGCUCAAACUAGGAUUCUAGGAAGAGUAAUGGCGUCGGCGGCGGUGCCGGAGUGGCUGAACAAGGGCGACAAUGCCUGGCAGAUGCUCUCCGCCACGCUCGUCGCCCUUCAGGGCUUCCCGGGCCUCGCCCUCUUCUACGUCGGUGCCGUCCCCCGCAAGUGGGCGCUCACCUCCGCAUUCAUGGCGCUCUACGCCAUGGCCGCCACCAUGCCGUGCUGGGCGCUCUGGGCGCACAACAUGGCCUUCGGCCGCCGCCUCCUCCCCUUCGUCGGCCGCCCCGCCCCGGCGCUCGCCCAGGACUACAUGCUCAGCCAGGCGCUGCUCCCCUCCACCCUCCACCUCCGCUCCAACGGCGAGGUUGAGACGGCCGCGGUGGCGCCGCUGUACCCGUCGGCGAGCAUGGUGUUCUUCCAGUGGGCCUUCGCCGGCGUCACCGUGGGGCUGGUCGCCGGCGCCGUGCUCGGGCGCAUGAGCGUCAAGGCGUGGAUGGCGUUCGUGCCGCUGUGGACGACGCUGUCCUACACGGUGGGAGCGUACAGCAUCUGGGGCGGAGGCUUCCUCUUCCACUGGGGCGUCAUGGACUACUCCGGCGGCUACGUCGUGCUCCUCGCCGCCGGCGUCUCCGGCUACACGGCCGCGUACUGGGUGGGACCCAGGAGGAAGGAGGAGGACGAGGAGGAAAUGGCAACGGCGAGUGGUGGCAACCUGGUGGUGAUGGUGGCCGGCGCGGGCAUCCUGUGGAUGGGGUGGACCGGCUUCAACGGCGGCGACCCCUUCUCCGCCAACACCGACUCGUCGGUGGCGGUGCUCAACACGCACAUCUGCGCCACCACCAGCAUCGUCGCUUGGGUUUGCUGCGACGUCGCCGUCCGCGGGAGGCCGUCGGUGGUGGGCGCGGUGCAGGGCAUGAUCACCGGCCUGGUGUGCAUCACUCCAAGGUCAAACAUCAAGUACAGCUUUCUUCUAGUAGUAAUUUCUGAUGAGAUGCCUGUUCCUGAUCUGAGCUAGCAAACAUAACAUGCUCUGUUUUGGGACCUAAUUACUACUGCUUCCUCCUCCGACUUAAAUUAUUGUCCUCUUCUUUUUUGAAGGAGGGGUCAUUGAGAAGUUAGCAUGGUAACUUCUCCAGUGAUAGGAUUUGGGUUCCUCCACUCCACAUAUGACAUCAAGUUUGUAACUUGGUUCCUGCAAUUACAAAUAAAUUUUAGCAUAAUCAAAAAAAAAUUGCAGCAAUUAAUUAAUUAA